GAAGUUUGAAAGCAGCUGCAGUUAAUUGGACAGAUUGUCAGAGCUGCAGCUGCAGUUUUAAUCAAUAGUGUGCUGCUGUCAGCGUUUCAGGUGAAUUCUGCUUGAACUUGCACUCAUGGCUCUUCAGUUACGGGUUUCAUGGCUUUUUAUGCUGAUGUGUGUUUGUUUUCUUCCACAAGACGGUUACAGACAUGUGCAUGGAUACUACCUGUUUGGGGGGCCACUAACUUCCAACCAGUUUAACCCUGGAAAGUUUCUGGAGGCUAACUUUGAGAACAAUUUAGAAUAUUUGAGACAACUAUAUAAAAACGGAAAUAAUGCCAGGCCUACUCGGAGUCUCAUCGAAGGGGUGCAGCAAGGUCAUCCAGGCUCUGUACAUAAGAGGGAUAAGCCUUUGGUUUCCCAAAAGGAGAGGGGUGGUGCUUGGAGAUCACGUGGAGCCAGUUGUCAAGAUGAAUGUCCCUCCUUUGACCCAGUUCACUCCACCAAAAACCUCAUGUCCACCAGAGAAAACCAAGAAUUUACCCCGACCCCACUAAAACAAGAAGCAGCUGUGAGACCUUAUUCCAAUGGUAAAGAAAAUAGCGGCCUUUCAAGAGGCAACAGAGAGACUUUACGUUUCUCCAACAAACAAUUUGUCCAAUCAAACUACAAGCAACCAGGGCGCACUCUGCUUACUUUGGAUUCAUCCCCAGGAAAAGAUUUCUUAAGUGGUCGCAGGAUUGCUCCGAACUCUCCCAAGAGCCUUUCUCAAGGUUUCAACCACUUUUCACGGAAGAAAGUCCCCGUGCUUCCCCUCAACGGUAAUGGGAAUGUCCUAAAGUCAAAGUACAGGUCGAACAGAAAAUAUUUAUCAAAACGGUACAAAACACCAUCAGCUAGCUUUGACAAAGGCCUCCAAAGAGGAAUCCAAACUGGCCUUCCCCCUCAAAAGCCACAAUUUCUGAGCGCGUAUGUACCAAGAAGUCAGCCCAACGUCAAACACUUGAAGAAACCAACCCCGUUGCUUCAGUCCUUCCAAUCGAACGGCAGCAGAAGAGCAAAGGGCAUACACCAUCCUCCCAUGCUCAAUCAAGGAGUGUCUAGUGGUUUUGUUGUGAUUUCCAACAACCGUUUCCCACAAAGCACAAGAGGCCACAUAACUGUUCAGUAUAAACCUCCGACGCUUCUGGAUAAUCCUCAUUUGGUGAUGAAGGUGCCAAACUCUCGCCACUCCUCUACUACAGAGUGCAAGUACCUGAAUUUUCAUAAAGUUGAUGCUAUGACCCCUCAGAAGGAUGACAUCAACUUGGACCUCCAUAACCAAAACCUGGUCCCUGACCUUCAGGAGUCCAAUAUAAGUGUUACCAAACCAAGAGAAACCAAUUUAAAGCAGAAAGUAAUGCCUUCUAAUCAAUCAGAAAAUCAACUGAAAUCCUUUUCCGCUCAGGACCGAUUUCUUCUCAUAAAUGGAGGGUAUGAGGACGCAUUGAAGGCUGGUCUUUUAAAGCCUCUCAGCCAACCUGACUUUCCAAUUCUCUCAAGCUUGUUGAAUGAAGACCCAGCGAAGCUGGAGCCAUGGCCCUCACUUUUGGUGCCUGCACCCAAAGAUUCCAACUGUGUCGUUUGGAAAGAAUCACAAAGAUCCCCUUCCCAGAAGUCCCAAAGGUUGUCACAGCAAUCUGAAAACGCAUAUCUUGCCUCCAAAAACCGCUCUGCUAGAGCUACCACCUCUGUGUCAAAGAUCUGCUUCACACCAAAUCUGUGGGUUCAAGGCAAAGUUGCUAAAUUAGCCACAAGGCGACGUGCAUGACGGCCUAAAAUCUACAAGGAAAAAAAGAAAUUUACUAAGAAGAUCCAGCUGCUAAAUUGAGAUUAACGGACCUGUUUCCAGCUGCAAUUCAAGCUGCGCUAUCCUCUCAAUCAUAGUAAAAACCUGAACUAUUCUAGUUUUGCUUGUCAUGCUUUUCACAAGAAUUUCUUCAUGUGAAUUAAAAUAUUUUAACUGCAAA